GCCAUGUCGUCUCAUCACCGGAUAAGCCACGCCGAUCUCUCCUAUCCUCUCGCCGACACAAAAAACCACACAAGAAAACGCGCGCCAACCACCGCAUCUUCCCCUCCCCCCGGCCUCUCCGACGUCGACCAUGGCCAUGCUCCUCGCCUCCCUCCUCUCCCCUUCCCCUCUUCCCACCACCACCACCUCUUCCACGUCGCCGAGGGCUGUCAGGCUCGCGCCGGCGAAGCCGCUCGCCGCCACUCUCGCAGCGGUGGCCGCGGCGGGGCUCCUGGCGCUGUCCCCGGCCACGGCGGCGGCGGCGGCGGCCGGGGAGGCGGAGUUCAAGGUGUACUACGGCACGGCGGCGAGCGCGGCGAACUACGGCGGGUACGGCGGGAACGCGAGCAAGAAGGACGCGGCGGAGUACGUGUACGAGGUGCCGGAGGGGUGGAAGGAGAGGCUGGUGUCCAAGGUGGAGAAGGGCACCAACGGCACGGACAGCGAGUUCUUCAACCCGCGGAAGCGGUCGGAGCGGGAGUACCUCACGUUCCUCGCCGGGUUCCGGGCGCUGGCGCCGGUGGGCGCCGUGCUCGACAACCUCGCGCUCUCCGACGUCGGGCUCCAGGACCAGAUCGCGUCGGCGGACGGCGUGCUGUCGACGGAGCGGAGGGACGGCGGCGGGCAGCUCUACUACGAGUACGAGAUCGCCGGCGCCGGCGCGCACAGCCUCAUCUCCGUGACGUGCGCGCGGAACAAGCUGUACGCGCACUUCGUGACGGCGCCCAACCCGGAGUGGAGCCGCGACGAGGCCGUCCUCCGCCGGCUGCACCAGUCGUUCAAGACCGUCGACCCCGCCAGACCGCCGCCGGCUAGCUCCUAGUCCUAGCUAGCCAUUGUUCGCCGCCGCCGGCCGGCCGGAGUCCACGACUUGUCUCGAUCGAGUGGAGAGCUAGCAGCUGGGCGAAACAAUUUCUAGUAGCUUUGCUGCCCGAGAUGUAAUUAAAGCAGUUUUGUAUAAAUUAUGGAUCUACUAUACGCGUAAUCAAACAUUGUCCUGUAAAUUAUUUUCAUCCAUAUAGUAUAUACUCCCUCUAUUUUCAGUUUAUAA